GAGGCACCUUCCUUUGAAUCUCUUGUCACUGGCAAUUUUCAUCUUCCUGGAAACAGGUGUGCUGGGGAGAACGUUUUCCCCUCCCCCACGUAUAAAUGCUUAUAGUUUAAUGGUAAACAACCAUUGACAGAGCUGUGUAACUGUUGAACAGUGUCUUCUCCCCGGGUUUGGUGGCCUGCUUCUGGAGUGGUCAGUUCUGCUGCCGACAUGCCCACCCAGCUCGAGAUGGCCAUGGACACCAUGAUUAGAAUCUUCCACCGCUAUUCUGGCAAGGAAAGGAAGAGAUUCAAGCUCAGCAAGGGGGAACUGAAACUGCUCCUGCAGCGAGAGCUCACGGAAUUCCUCUCGUGCCAAAAGGAAACCCAGUUGGUUGAUAAGAUAGUGCAGGACCUGGAUGCCAAUAAGGACAACGAAGUGGAUUUUAAUGAAUUCGUGGUCAUGGUGGCAGCUCUGACAGUUGCUUGUAAUGAUUACUUUGUAGAAUAAUUGAAGAAGAAAGGAAAAUAAAGGUAAGUAAUAAGCUCAUCUAAAGGCAGAAAUAUAUCCAAAGUUAUGUACUUAAUGUUCAUUUAUACCCUUCAGAUCUAUAGACCCAGUAAUGUCAUUUAUAGCUGUAAUAUCCAGUGCAUAUAUUAAUAAUUAAUUGCUACUAUUGAAU